AUGGUGGGGGUGGGUCAUUUGGGUAAGGUGUGUCAGAUACCUUUACAGAGAGAUUUGCGAUUCAUCGAGGGAAGACAACCUGUACACAAACUCGGCAACGUGUAUCGAGGCAGGCGCGAUCACCUUGUCUCAACCUGUUCUAACCCUAACAUUAGCAGCAUCAAGGGCAGCAAUCAAGAAGUUGUAGUAAGAGAUCAUUUCUUCGUGGACCACAAACACAAAGCGAUCUACUGUGGGAUAGAGAAGGUUGGUUGUACAUUUUGGAAGCGAGUUCUUCAGAUUUCUACGGGAUUAAGAUCCCAGAAGAACCCGUAUGACAUCCCAGGACACAUGGCGCAUAGUCAUCGUCUUCAAACAUUCCGUGGCAUGAGAUUUGACGAGAUUCUGGAUAUCGUGUCUUCUUACACGAAGUUCCUCUUUGUGAGAGAUCCCUAUUCCAGACUGUUUUCGUGUUAUAUCGAUAAGCUGUUCAGUCCAAAUUACGCUUAUUUUGCCUUGAGGGUGAAAAUAUUCAAUAUGGGAGACAAGAGAGUGAGCAACAACGAAAGCAGUUGUGCCCCUUAUAUCUCAUUUAGACAGUUUUUAAAAUUUGUUAUUUACGCUUUGAAAACAGGAGACGGCAGAGAUGGACACUUUGUACCGAUGUAUGACCACUGCAGGCCAUGUCAAGUCAGAUAUGACAUCAUCGGCAAAAUGGAGCACUUUCUCGAAGACGCCGAGUAUGUUAUAAAGGUUACAGGCAUCAGCGAUACAGUAGAAUUCAAUUCUUCCCGUGGUGGGGUAGACGAAGAUACCGUCAUGGACAUCGUCACUAAUUUAAACUCUUCUAGUCAAAAAAUUAAAACUUGUAUGCCGCUUUCGAUGGCCAUAAAAUAUGUAUGGAGAAAGUGUCAGAUAAAUGGAAUAAUAGACAAAAAUAUUGAGAUGCCAGAAAAAUUCGCACACAUCACGAAUUUUGAUGGUGAAGACUUGUCUGAUGCUCUUUUGGCGGCGAACAAAAUGUCAGAUCGCGAGCGUGCUAGACGUAAUAGGCAUGAAGCUCUGCUAGAAGCCUACAGAAGCGUAUCUCAAGAGGAUCUGCAAGGGUUCAAGACGAUUUUCAAACCUGACUUCGACAUUUUUAGGACGACGGCCAACAUUAUGGUUAGAGGAAAUCGGGCAGACUCCGGGGGAAACGCAGGGCCAUCCGCAGGCAGCUGUCAGACCUUCUAA